GUAUUUCGAGUGAAAUAUAUAUAGUUUACGAAUGUAUAAAUUACUAUUUUUAGUUAUAUAAAGCGUGAGGUAUUAAUUAUGUAAUAAAUAAAUGUGUUGUUGACUAGAUAAAGAUUUUCCAAGAUACAAAGUGUGCUGUUUAAAAGUGUGCUGACGACGCGCCAUGAAGUGGUGAUCGCUUAUACCGAUAGAGCACGGAGUUCUGACGAAGCUUUUCUCCAGUGUUACGCGAUUGUGUAAUCUCUGGGAUCAAAGUGUAAAAUGUAACGUUGACUACUAUGACGUAAUCACAAUGAUUUUGUCCAUAUUGACCCCAUUGUUACUAUGGGGGUUGGCACGCGGGGAGAUGGUUAACAUCAGGCAUAUACGUUCUCGGAGUCAUUUGACCAGAGCGAACCACUUGGGGUUGAGUCACUUGGAGUUCGUUACCCUAGGAACUACAUGGGAUCCUCCGGAAGCUACCGAGGGAGUCAUUCUAGGACUCCAGGGGGAGGACUCCAGACAUCAUCCGAAGGACGACGCCGAGGACCUCCUAGAACCCAGUGUUCCCCCGGAGUCCGUCGGGCCCAUGGUGGACGUGGUGACUAGGUUCCUGAGGAUCGUGGAGUCGCAACAACAGCUGGGAGAGAAUUGCACCGCGGGCACAGGACUUAACCUCGGGGAGGGAGUCGUUGACCGAUAUGCACAGGAGAGGUUCCGGGUGGAGGCUGAUGUGGCUGUUAACCGAGCCAACAUGUUGACGAGGCUGUGGAAGUACGCUACUCCCGAGGUGAUGGACUCGGAGUACCUACUCCACGCAGGAGUGUUCUCUAUGGUGGAGUUUGACGAUGACAUCUUUGCCGCUGGGAACUGUUACGACCAGUUUCAAUACAAGGACUACUGGUUGUUCUGCCCGUACGCAUACCGCCUCCCAGAGGGUCCCAUACUGGUGAAGGAUCUAGCUGUGGAGUACAAGUAUCUGAGCAAUACCAGCGAGUGGUUCUACAUAGCGAGAAAGAAUGCGGAGAACGUAAUCAACAACUAUAACCAGUUCAGCAGAGGGUACAACACGUACACCUACAACGAAACAGCGCACACGGAGCGAGUACCUGAUGACAUCCUCAGUGUGAGGUAUGAGGACGGCAAGUGGAGCAAACCCUACUACGACUGUGGAGGGGGAAACAUCUGGAUGCUUACCUACACUGUGCCUUUCUUUGGAUUCGCCAACAACAGCUACUUCUUUAAAGGCACCAGUGGUAUUGAUAUUGAUUUGAGAAGAGUUGACAUAGACCAAUGUCCCUUACCACAAGGCAGCACUCAACUCAACAUUUUCGCAGCUUCUGAUAAGUGUAAAAACCGAACAACUGAGUGUGUAGCUCUUCCAGGCCUCGGCUUCCGCAGGGGUAGUUACAAGUGCGUAUGCAAGAGAGGGUUCUACUUCCCCGACACUAAGGCUGUGCAUCGCUACUAUAACGGGACAGUCAUAGAAGAGGAGUACGAGAAGCUUAUGAUGGGCGAAGACAACCAGUACAACAUCAGUGAUACGUUUGUAUGUCUGCAAUGCGCCGAAGGCUGCGAAGCUUGUAUAGACGCGAGCCCUUGUGUCGUGUCCUUGAACUGGGUGAUGAGGACAGCAAUAUUGAUAAUGUCCUGUGUCUUCAUCUGCUGUUUGCCCGUCGUGGUUCUGUUCACUUGGAAAUACGGGAAUGUAAAGGUUGUGAGAGCUGCCAGUCCAGUCCUGCUCAGAGUGAUUACAUUGGGCGCAUUUUUUAUUUAUUGCACGACUAUUGUGAUGUAUCCACGACCAAAUAUAAUAACUUGUACAAUGAGAGUCUGGCUGAGAGAAAUAGGAUUUUCUCUUACUUAUGGCGCUCUUAUGCUCAAAACAUGGAGGAUAUCUGUUAUUUUCCGAGUGAGAUCGGCUAAGGCAGUCAAGAUCACAGACCUAGACCUCCUGAAGAGACUUGGUGUGAUCGUCGCCAUCUUCUCUGUGUUCCUGGUGAUCCGCACCCUCGUGGCACCUCCCCACGUCAUCAUCGGCAGAACAGCUGAUGACCUGAAGGCAUACCUGUGUCACACUGAUUGGUGGGACCAUUCAUUCUCCAUGAUGGAGGUCUUAUUCCUGGUGUGGGGAAUUCGUCUUUGUAUCGUAGUCAGAAAAGCUCCCUCAGAGUUCAACGAGAGCAAAUUUAUUUCCAUGGCAAUAUACAAUGAAUUCCUACUGUCGUGUUUUCUGAAUGUCUCUAUGUUGUUUCUGCAGUCCCCCGCUAACCCUGAUCUUCUUUACAUAAUAUUCUUCGCUCACACACAACUCACUGUUACCCUCCUUCUUUGUCUAAUCUUCGGAAGUAAGGCUUACAUGGUAUUCAAGGGGCACGGUAAAGCGGAGGACUCUACCAACACGAUGCCUAAGGCUCAGACGACCAAGUUCUUGACCAAACCGAGGUCUACCAACUCCCAGUAUGCAGCCUCCACCAACAGCCAGUAUGUCGCCAGCACCAACUCUUCAACUGGACACGAGUACGCGCGUCUGACGGAACAAGAAGUCCAGGAGGAAUUCAAGCGACUCUACACCCAACUGGAAAUGCUGAAAGAGCACAACAUGAGGCACGGCAACAGACACCUGGCCGCCAAGAUAUCUGCGAUGCAAGAAGCUGCUAAAGAAUACAGAGAGAACAUCCCUGAGGAGGACAGCGACCAUCUGGUCGUGCCAACCUUGCCUACCAAGACCAGUACAACUACCAACACAACCACCACGACCACAGACACGAACAGCAAACCACCAGACGAGCAGAACAAUCACAAGUCCAAGAGGGACAAGCCUUGUGAUGCACGGUGUAGCAAAAGCGAAAGGAAGGAGUAUCCAAGUAAACACAGGGAGAAAAGCCCUCAACAUACGGCCGAGGCCAACCAGUUGCGGUCCGGCCACGCACGCACGCACACGAUCGUCAUCAACUUGGACGACAAAAACCGGUUCACCGAAGAAGUCACUGUCUGAUGUAUCAUGCUCACUUUUGUACCUCGUUUUCUUUGUUUGUAACAUGUAUCAAAGUAUCUGUGAUAUUGUAAAUAUGAGGUAUAGUUUUGUAUUGUAAUUUAGUACAUGAAUAGUAAAAGAGGACCUAGUAAUAGCUUUAACAUUAUCUUAUGAUAGUUUUUCAACGAUUGCCAUUUUUAUGGUGGACCUUCUACCGAUUAGACUAGUAGGUAACAUUUGAGUAAAUCUUUGUAUCCAUAGUAUGAUCGGAAAUAUAUUAUUUACAGCAACUUUAAAUAUACUCAUAUAUCUUUUAAAAAGUAUGAACCAAUUAAACGUAUAUCUUGGAACGCACAACUACCACAUGAAAUUAUUUCAACCCUUAAAACAUUACCGUUUUAUCCUUACACAAGCAUUUAAUUAGUUUUCAAUGUAAAUACUCGUUCUGUAAAUGUUUAAAUACCUGUGAUAAUUGGACCAUGCGGUUGUUCAUACGAUUCGUAGUCUAAGAUUGUUUAGCUAGGCCAUUCGACUAUUUAAUUUAGGAACAUUUAAUUUAUUUCGGCUGUGCUAUAGUAAAUAUAUUGUAUUGAUUGUAUAUAAAAAUAAUAUUAUAGUGCUGGUACUUCGUUGCUUAUUGUAAAUUUCAUCUAACGAUUGACUUUGUUACUUCGAUGAGUCGAGUUUCGAAUAGUCGCAUAUAGACUGAGCCCUAUCGACUACUCGAAGCUCACUGUCAGUUUGCUAUGUUGCAUGUAUAUUACAUGAGAUGUAUAUGGAUCCGUUGUACUUUCACUUGGAAGAAUAUAUUAAUCUUA